UUUCAAGGGUUCAUUUGAUCAAUUCGCAAUGGGCCAUGCAGCUGCCGCACUUGCAAGGCGUGCGCUGCCUUUGUGCCGCCUGGGUGCUGUGCAGCCGAUUCCUGCCCUCAGAGCAUGCGGGCAUUUGGAGGGUGGGUCAGCUGCGUGGCGGGGAGUGCGGCGCUGCGUGUUUCAUGGUGCUCAGCGGCUUCGUGGCGCAGUGGCAGCCCGCUUUGGAGCUGCGGCAGCUGCGGCGCUUCUUCCUGCGGCGCUUCCUGCGGCUGUGGCCGGCGGCAUGGCUGGCCAUGGCCUGGAGCUUAGCCCUGCAGCCGCAGCUGCCACGUGGAAGCUGCCUGCUGCUGCUGCAGUGGUCAAAGGAGGAGGCCAUGCAGUGCCCGAAUGGCGCCACAUGGACAGCAUCCAUGCUGCUGCCUUGCUGGCUCAUCUUCCCCUGCCUGUCCAGCCCACUGUGCCGGCCGUGUCCAAAGCUGACCUUUGCAGUGGUUGUGGGCCUUUGGCUGCUGAGCUGUCUGUGGCCCGUGGACGGUCCAGUCAUGGCCAUGCCCAGCUUCAUCUUGGGCGUGGCGGCAGCUUUCGUGGUGCAGGCGUCGGACAAAGAUGAGACUGUCGGCCGAAUGCACGGCAUCCUGGCGGAUCUCAUUGCAGUUGGCAUGGCAACGGUCGUCACCUUCGUUGGGCAGACGGAUGAGUACCAUCGCUACUUGGCCCUGCCCACUGCUCUCUUCUUCCUGCUCGCAACAGCAGGCGGAGGUAUGGUGCAAGCCUUGCUGCGCCACAAAGCCUUGGCGAGCUUAGGGGAUGCUACGCUCUACGUAUACCUGUUCCAGGAGCCGCUCUUCGAGUCGCUGGCGGCUUGGGAGCCCAAGCUGCGGCACUCCGCCGAGGGCUUCGUCUUCUUCGUGCUGCUUCUGUGGUUGCUCGCAGGCCUCUACGCAGCCUUCGCAGAGCCCUGGCUGCUGCGGAUGGCGUGCGCAGAGUGAUGGGCACCUGAGCGCAGGUCUAGCCGCUGCGUG